AUGCAAACAAGCCUUGAUAAACAAAAGAUCCAACAAAACAUUAUUGAAAAACAAAAUAAUAUUACUGCCUUGAAAGAGAAUAUUGAUAUUCAGUGUUUUUCGAUUGAUAAAUAUACUGAAUUUUUUAAAGAAUAUCGGCAGCAAAUCCAAAAUUUGAUUAACAAAAUAGUAUUCCUGAAUCAAGAAUUAGAAAAGAAGUUAAAUAGCCUUGUUGGAAUUGUUGACGAGAAAUAUAAGCAUAGUAUAAACCCUGUUGAAGGCAAAAUUAUUAAUCAAUUGAAGGAAGAGCCUAAGAAUGAGUCCAUUGUUACACCUUUAGAAACGUUUGAUGUAAACAAAAAUCAAGAAAAACUUUCUGGAUAUCACAAUCUAAGCCAUAAUGCAAUUAAAAUUUUAGAUUCAGCAAAUCAACCGAUUAAAAUUGAAACAUCUGAGCAUCAUUCAGAAGAAAACGUAUUCAAAUCAAUAAUUGAGAAUAAAGAUCAAGAAAUUCAAGAACUUAUGAAAACAAAUGCACAACUAGUUAAAAGUAUUGAGAUACUUAAGAAGCAAAUUUCCGAAAUAAAUGAUUCAUCAUCCAAUGAAAGAAUUUUAGAUCUCGAACGAAGACUAACAAAUGAAAUUAAAGAAAAUGAAAUUCUCAGGGUUGAAAACAAUCGAUUGUCUGAUUCAAUUAAAAAUAAAGAAGCUGAAUUGGCAAAAGUUUCAAAAGAAAAAAGUGAAUUGAUUGCUGAAAAGAAUAAUGAAAGUAAGAAAACCAAUGAAGACGCAAACAACACAAUGGAGGCUUCGGAACAACUUCAUGAACAAAAUAAUAAGCUUAUGAAAGAGAAUGAGAAACUUAAACUAGAUAAUCUAAAAUUUAAAAGAAAAUUCAAGUUACUCAAGGAGCAGUUCAAAUUUAUGCAAAAUGCAAUAGCAUCAAGUGAUGAUUCUGAUGAUAAUGAAAAAUAA